AUGCCCGCUGUGCCAAAGCUCUCAAGCAUCAUCACCUGGGUUCUAUACUUCAUCCCGGUGUACAUAUUUGUCCUCGAGCCGAUCAUUCGCCCCAUCUUCCCCGGCUCUUCGAAACCCUCAGACGCAACAAAUUUGGAUUACGAGAUCUGGGACAACGAGAUUCCCUUACAAGACUGGGAGGAUACUCAAGCUUCAUUGUACCUUCAAGAUGACAGCCGCAUUAGUCCGGAGGAUGGCGUGCCCAUCAACUGCCCCGGCGAAGCACCAGGCUACAAGCUACACCUACUAUCCCGAACGCCACUCGUCAUUUACAUUGAGAACUUCGUUAGCGACGAAGAAGCCGACCAUCUAGUCGACAUCAGCCUCAAUAAAUACAGCCCCUCAAUCGUCUACGAUGGCGUCACCGAACGCGUUGACCCAAGCAAACGCCUCUCCGACCGCGCCCUCCUCGAUCGCGAUGACACCGUCCGCUGCGUAGAAGAUCGCGCGCGCUCAUUCCAAGGCUGGCGACCACACCUUUACAUCGAGCGCAUGUGGGCGCAGCGCUACAACACCUCCGGCCACUACACAUACCACUAUGACUGGGCGGGAUCACUUGCGCGCGGCGGCGAUCGAAUCAGCACUUUCAUGGUAUAUUUAGGCGCGGACUGUGUCGGCGGAGGCACGAACUUUCCGCGCCUGCGCAUGCCGACUGGAAAGCAGUGGUGUGAGUUUCUGGAGUGCGAGGAGGAAGGGAAGCCAGUGCAGGAAGGGAUCACAUUUAAACCUAUCAAGGGGAAUGCGAUUUUCUGGGAGAACUUGAGACCGGAUGGUACGGGGUAUUCGGAAACAUGGCAUGCGGCGUUCCCAGUCACGGAAGGGACAAAGGUUGGAUUGAAUAUUUGGAGUUGGUAUCAGCCGCCGCGAAGGAAGAGUCAGAAGACCACAUGA